AUGAACUGUUUCAUAUCAGGACUAAACGACGAGUUAAAAUCGCAUGUCAUUUUGAACCGCCCAACAACAUUUGAGGAAGCCGAAUCCUUGGCGCGCCUGAAAGAUACUGUCAGCAGAAGUACAAAAUGUGGCAAAGCAGAGUUACCUGCUCCAAAUAAUGUAAUAAAUCAGAUACAUGAUCUCCUAAAUGAGAAAAAAGCUUCAGAGAAACAAGUAGAAACAAUUUCUAAUAAUAACCUCAGAGAACGACAACGCCUAGCAGAGCUCGAGGGCCAAGUGCAACUUUUAAUGUCCACUAUUGACCGACCACGAGCAUCCACAGUAGCACCUAUUUCAACCAAUUAUCCCCCUGUUCAGACUCCCUCUACCCAGGAUAUCGACGCCAUGAAAAGGGAUAUCAUAGCAGCAGUUCGAGACGAAAUCAGGAAAGACACACCACAAAAUGCCCCAACAGACCGACAGGAUUUCAGUGUAGGAAACAGAUAUCCCCGGCGAGACAGCAGAGGACGAAACCUUCGAACAACGGACGGGCAGCCAAUCUGCAAUACCUGCCAAAGAGUUGGGCAUGUUGCAAGGUAUUGCAAGGAAGCAGGAGAGAGACUCCUCAACAGAUACCAUCUAGCUGGUGCAGCAUCCCUGGUAUGCCCAGACAUACAAGGAAAUAUCCCUUUCCGGUUACUAAAUCCAACUGAUGAGCCUGUCACAAUCUUCCGUGGUGCCACAUUAGGACAGUUCACACAAAAAGAUUUCGAGACCACACCUAUUACUGAUCCGCCCACCCCUACGUCAUGUACAGGAUUACCCACGACAACUCAGAGAAGCACCUCACUACCUAUUAUCAACCCCUUGGCAAGCACAAUCCACCAAUCUGAUUUCGCUGAUCUGCAAGACCCACCUAGAACACCAACCCCACCAAGCCCAACUCCCGCUUCAGCCACGCCCUCUGAUUUUCCCAACCUGACCAACUCCGUGUUGUCUAAACCUGAGAAACAAGCCCUCUCAGAACUGCUUAUCGAAUACUCCGACGUCCUGUCUCAUUCAACCAAAAGCUUGGGUCGAACAAACCUGGUCCAACAUAGAAUUGAUGUCGGGCCUAGUCCCCCAAUUCGCCAACCUCCGUACAGGGCCCCCCACACCAAACGACGAGAGAUUGAAAACCAUGUUCAAGAAAUGCUGCAUGCAAACUUGAUUCAACCUUCCAAUAGUCCGUGGAGUGCUCCAGUUGUCCUGGUCAAGAAAAAAGAUGGCUCAUCCCGUUUCUGUGUAGACUAUCGUAGGCUCAACUCGGUUACACGUAAGGACAGCUAUCCAAUUCCACGAGUAGAUGAUGCUUUAGAUGCUCUCUCUGGAGCCAAAUACUUCAGUACACUCGACCUUCGUAGCGGUUAUCAUCAAGUCGAAAUGGACAAAUCAUCUCAACAGUACACAGCCUUCGCCACGGCAUCGGGUUUAUACGAGUUCUGUGUGCUACCUUUCGGUCUGUGCAAUGCACCUUCCACCUUCAACGCUUAA